CACGCAGUUUCAUUUUUACUGCAGUGGCAUUCGUUCAAACUGCUCCAGAAAGCAGCGGCCUAAUAAAAGUUAUAUUAUAAACCGUCACUGGUAGGCACGCACACAAUCACACAUAUACACACACACACACACACACACACAUUUCCUCAAACUAUACAUGUACACAUAGAGAAAAUUGAACUCUAUUUGUGUGUAAACAAUUCAUGUGACAUUCUCUGUGAGCGUCGAUUCCAAAUUGCUUUGUCAAAGCACACUUUGUGGUUAAAAUCAAUGGAGCAGCUUUAAACAACAGCGUCUAUUAUUACGAGCUGGCAACACUGCAGUCGCCGCAGAAUUUGCCCGGUGAAAUUGUGCUGCAGGAUCAGGAACAGAAUGCGACAGUAGAAAUGGUCCGUUUUGACAAGGGAAAACUCAUUGCCAAGGCGGCUAACCUAACCGCCAUUAGCUGGGCGCAUGCCGUCAACAGUCAGCAGCUAUUGGCCGAUGCGCUUAGUGGUGAAAUUGAUAUGAUUGAGGCAGAUAUCGUGCUCGGCCAGCUGAAUGGCGAGGGACCAGAUUUGCCGGUGAUGGCGCAUCCGCCUAUAAACAUAUCGGAUUUGACGUUGGAGGACUUUUUGCUUCAAAUUAAGGCGCACAACGAGCUUCACGAGGGUGCCGAAAAGGGCGUAAAGCUGGACUUUAAAUCUAUCGAAGUAUUUGAGGGUUCGUUGGGCAUUCUGGAUGAGAUCAUACCAAAGAUGGCCUAUCCCAUUUGGAUAAACGCAGACAUUAUCAGUGGACCUUUGGAGCAAAACAAUUCAGUGCCAGUGGAUCCGGCACGCUUCUUUGCCGGAUGCAUGCGCUACAAACAGGCCGUACUCUCCAUUGGCUGGACUACCAGAUGGGGCGCAAAUUACCGAGAGGGCGAGUACACUCAGGAGCAGUGCAAUGCAAUGCUGCAGGCCAUCAAUGACAACAAUGUGACCUCUACCGGGCAGGCCAUUACUUUUCCAGUGCGUGCCGGCAUUGCCGCGAACAGCGCCUCACAACUGCACAAUCUGGUGUCCGCUGUGAAUGAAACUAGUGAGAGCACUUUGACCAUUUGGUCCUCAGCCGACGACUACGUAGAUGUGGCGCAGCUGCGCAAGCUAAUCUUCAGUUUUGGCUUGGAUCGUGUCUAUUUGGAUGUGCCAGAGGAGCUGUCUUCGAAGCUAGAUUUGGGAAACACAGGCAGUGGCGCUGGCACCUUCAAUUCGUUGGUUAGCUUCAGCUUCGUCAGCCUGUGCUUCUGGGCCUUUUCGAGCUGGCUUCAGAGCGUAUAAACGAACUGUUGCGGUUUUUGUUUACUCUUUUCUUUUUUAUUUCAGUUUUAUUUUCUUUGUUUUUAUGUUACGCGUGUAUUCACUGGAAAAUGCUCUUUGCGUUUAAGCUUUGUAUCACUUCAUUUGAAUGCGAACGCGAAUUGGAGCCGCGUUGUAUAAAAGCUAACUAAAAAAAUAUGCAUUAAAUUUAUAUAUGAAUAUAAAUAUAUAAUAUAAAAAUA